ACGAUAAACAAAAUUGCCAAGUCGUCCUCGGGCGCGGCUUAUUCCACUGCAAGCGGCGGAGGGCAGAGGACGUCUCAGUCCUUUGCCUGACUGGUGUGACGAUGCAGUGCUCCGACUGUGGCUACGUUUGUUUGAACAAGAAAGCCAAGUUCUGCAGCGAGUGUGGCGUCAAGUUGCCGGUCCAGUCUGCCAACAGCCAAGGAAAUCAACCAAACUCCUUGGUACCAGAUUUGACAGACUCUACCGCUACAACACAGAAGCGCAUUAUUUCCGCCGAUGACAAAAACAGCAACACAGAGUCUAAAAAGUCAAAUAGUGAGGAUGAACAAGCCACUUGUGAGCACCCUCUACGGGACCAGAACGCCAAUGUGGAUCAGGAACAGCAAGAGAAACAUGAGAAGGAACAGGAACAGAAACAGAAGCAGUCUGGCACUGCAGACCAAGGAAGAAUCUUUUGGUCUCAAACACCAUCUGAGAUGCUUGUUCCAGAUUCAGGCUCCAGUGUGGACUCCGAUGCAGUGGAAGACAUGCAGACACAAAAGUCGGAUGCAGACUAUCAUGCGCAAUACGAUACUCCACCCCAACCAACACCCAUAAGCAGGAGCAGGAACAUAGCUUCCCGAAACAGACUCACUGUUUACUUCCACGCCAUCCUCUCAAACGAUUUCAAAUUUGACCUCGAUGAAGAUUCCAUCUUCAUCAGAGGUGGACCUCCUCUAUCAGAAUGGAAUGUCAAUGCAUUGCAGCUAAAUGUGACCAGGAAUCUCAAAGAGCAUGGGUUUUUGGUCGAAGGCAGUCUGGAGACAAACAAAGAGGUUAUGUCUGUGCCAAUACCUUACAAAUAUGUUGUAUACAAGAAGGCGAACAAAAAAUACAAGUUUGAGUACAUCUACAAACAGGAUUGUGAUCAGUCCAAAACCAACAGAUGCUUGUUUGUCGAACCUCGCCUCCUCAUUGAAGACGGGGACUGGCAUCAAUAUGAUGACAUCGUGUGUGUUAAGCCAACAAAGACCAUUUUAGGACGCAUCACAAGCUUUUGGACUGACCAGGGGAAACAAAUGAUUAAAGGCCGAGAUAUUGCAGGGAAAAUAAUGAUGGACACAAUAUUUGAUCUUCUCAGGACCUGGACUGACACCAAUUUGAGAAGUUUUCUAAAACAGCUGAAUCAGUUCUUUCAGAUCUAUGCAAACCCAUCUAUUUACGAAGGAACACGUAAGAAAUGGGACUCCUUUAGCUACAACGAGAACAAUAUACGGACUUGGAUGAAGGACUUCAUGUUGACAAACGUGUCUCCUCGAGUAAAUGGGAAUGAAAAUGCAGAGAGUUUGUAUAUUCAAGAUCCUCUUCGAGCGGCUGUGCUCAUGCUCCACCUGUGCGAACAGUACGGUAUCAACCUGGAUCCUGUCCACCGCCUCCGCCUGUGCACUCAGCUGUCGUUGCCCAAACUAGACAGAAGCGCCUUCCUCCAGUACUGGCAAGAUUUUUCACGGGAUGUUCGUCUUCUUCCAAGCGUGCCAAGCUGCUUGUUAUCUCUCAUCAAAACUGUGAAACAACGUGGGAACCCCCACUGGAUUGUGGCAUUACCGCUCUUUCACCUCCUUGAAGGCUUUGCUGCAGAGCCCUUUCAGGUGGUGACAUCUGGAUAUGGUUUGCAAGAUCUUGAAGUGGGUGAAUUGAACAGUGAUCAAAGGAAGGCCCUGCUCAACAUGAUAAAAAAACAUCAUCACUUGAUGAAGGUGGAUCCACUUUCAGCUCGAUCUGGUUUUUACAUGAUGUCUCUCUGUGAAAUGAAGGAUUACAGUAUCAGCAUGAACAUCCAGCUUUUGGACAUUCUUCGUGUUCUCACCUUAAAGGCACCAAGGGACAUCAACCUCAAUAACGUCCAGGAUCUAUCUGACAUUCUCUCACACAUCCAAAAUAAUCUCCUUGAGAGAAAAUACAGUUGGAUCUCCAAGGAUUAUGGAAGAUUGUGCCUGAUUGCGGUGGGAAACCUCUUUGAGAAGAUUUGCAACGGAGCCAAGUCAUUAUACUGCAAACAUAUUCCUCUCGCAUGCAUGAGCGUGGUUGCGUCCGUGUUUGACUUGGUCAUUCCACACAUGCAACAGGAGGCUCGUGGAGACGGACAGCAGCCACAAGCAGGAGAGAUUGCAAAGGCGAUUCGCAUCAUGAGAGGCUGGAUGAGUUCGCAUUUCAAGGAAGAUUUGCUAUCCAGGAGGCAACCUCACAAGGUUGUCGCUACGGAGGCGAUGGAAGUGUGGAACCGUAUACUUGGCAUCCACUUCAUUGAUAAUGAGUGUCAGGAAUUGUGGAGACUGAAAUUAUCUUUGGAUUUUGAGGGCAAGUACAAAAAGGCAAAUCCAGUGGAUCAAAUUCAUUUUUAUUGCUCAAAAAUAGUGGAGCUCGAUGAGUCUUUUCGACAUGUCGCGCCUACUAUUGAGAUGUGUGCGCUCGAAGCUGUUCCAUCUGUAUGCCAGACCAAUUCAGAGGGCCAACUGUUGAAGAAUUUCAAGAUGAACGGCAAGUUCGUGAAACUUGUCUCAGCCAUUGUCACAAAUUCCUGGCCAAGGGACCACCAAGGAAAUUAUGAAGAAAAAAAAGAGACGGUCCUUCAGUACCUUCUCUCCUGGACUGCUGCCGGACAAAUUUUUCAGCUAUAUGGUGCAGAGGAAAACCUUUUUGACAAACUCACUGAUGAUGCCAGCGACAGAAUCACUUUUGCCGUGUCAACAUUGAGAAACAUCAAAAAUCAGCUUAUUAAGGGUAACAUUACAGUGAAGCUGCUCAGAAUCCUUUUGGCAAGUCAAGAGGCCCUCUUAGAACUGCUGAAGAUCGAUUGUCUGUCCGAGAAUGAGCAACACAGGGACACUGGCAAAAUGACAAGGCUUCUGAAGUGCAGAGAAAGUGAAGUUCAAGCGGUAUAUACUCAGAAGGAGCAAAUGGACUCCUUGCUCACAAUGAUCCGUCACCUUGACGAGCACAUGGCGGUUGACGUCCGUGACAUGGAUGAGAGAUGCCGUGUCAACAUAAAGAUGAUGGCCCUAGACCUUUUCAUGGAGGUUCACCCGUUUGACCAACUUCCCUCUGCUACGGCCGGUGUUGUCACUUACUUCAAAAUAAAUGACGAAAUCAGACAAAUGUCAGAUGUCUUGUACAAGUUAAACAAUAGCCACAUAUUUAUAUUGUGCUGGAAGGAACAAGGCAAACUCCUGGGCAGUGAAGAGGUCAUGCAGGACAAUCCCGUUGAGGAAGUCGUACCGCGCGCAACACUGACACUUGAUGAGCUUUAUGCCGAUAUUUUUAAGCCUUGCGUUGCCGCUUACACAGAUAUUUACACACAUUUGAAGAAUGGCAGUAUAAAGCUGAAGGAGGUGCAGCGGCUUUUCAGCAAUUACAGGGGCAAGUACGCAGAGCUCGCACAAGACUUGGACAUCAUGUGUAGAAUUGACACGUCGGCAGAUAACCAGUGGAUCCACACCAGGCUUCAACAGAUUGAGCAAUAUCACGAGCUCCAUCUUGCCGUGGAUUCAGCUGAGGUCAUUAUGGCGGUCAAAGGGACCCUCUGUCUUGAAGGAGAUUUCAGCGUGCUGGAGACAUUGUUGAAAGUUAGUCAUGCAAACUUUGAAGUGGAGGAGCUUCAGUGCAUUGACAAUGACUUGAUAGGGGCCAAGAGGGAUCUGGUGGACAUCACUGAGCCUCGUAGACUUUGUUUAAAUGAGCUGACACACAGAGGCCAUUUUACAAAAUGGGUAAAAGAUGCACUGAAAGAUCUCAAAGAGUUGAAGGUGUUUGUCGAACUGGCUUCCAUCUCUGCGGGAGAGAACGACAUGGAGGUGGAUCGCGUGGCUUGCUUUCAUGACGCCAUUCUCGGCUACUCUCCUAUCCUGUAUGAGCUUCAUCCAGACUCAGGUUUUCUGGCCUUCAAAAACGUUUUGAAGAAACUCUGGAGAGCAUUAGACAAAGACAACAACCUUCCCAAAAAAAUGCGUGACAGUGGCCGCCAUUUGGAAUGGCUGAAGACCGUAAAGGAUAGUCAUGGCUCAGUGGAGCUGUCUUCUAUGUCUCUGGCGUCAGCCAUCAACAGUAAGGGCAUCUACUGGAUCAGUGCACAGAGUGGAAAAAAGGUGAGUCUCGACACCACUUUGAAACUUGAGAUUCUGGAGGACAAGGAGGAUAAGGAAGAGCGCGUGACGCGCUACUAUUCUCUGGAAGAUGUGCGGGAGCUGCAGAACAAACUGAUGCUCAUGUCUGGGAAAGGCGAUCAGGGACAGAAGGAAAUGAAUUACUUCACAGAGGUCUUUGCUGGUGUUCAAAGACUAGCGGAGGCUUUCAUUGCUCUCUAUGCUGCUGGAAACCCUCUGUUCAGACACUGGGAAGCUCAAAUCCAGUGUUGCUUCAGUGAGAAACUCAGCAUUGUGAUGGACUUCAACCUGGGGGAGAAUUUUAAUCUUGUCACCAUUGAGGAGCGCCUUCCUGACCUUUGCAUGAAAAUGGAGAACAUCCUGCACUUUUGGUUGGAUUAUUUGGACGAACAGAGAUCCCAGCAUCACUUUUUGAACUACUUCACAACAGAACAGAUUUUCUACCUAUGCAACAAUCUGUCAGAAGAACACGUUAAACAUGUAGCUGAUCAAGUUCUCAUGAUGCUGUCCUUUAUUAAGCCACACUGCACUGCCUCAGAUGUAUCGGGUGUCUUGCAUGAACUUCAAAAUGAAAUCCUCACCAAACCACAAGAAGAAGAAGAAGAACUUGAGUUCCAGUUGAUGUCAGACCCAAGUAUGGAACUGGAUCCUGAGGAACAAGCAAAUGGAUUUCAAAGGUUUGAUCUGAUAUGGAAUAAGUACAUGAAAGACCCGGAGGAUGUUGUUCCCCACAUUCUUGACAUACAAAGUCUCGGAAGACUGCUUGAAAUGCUGGUUGAGAAGGACGAUGUUUCUGAAGAGAAGGUUGAAAGAGAGCUCCCGAAAAGCAUAAAAGCUGGAAAUCCAAACCUCAUUGUUUGCCCUCACACGGCAGUCUUAACUUCUUGCAUCUCCAUUUAUAUGACCAGCAAAGAUCAGCCGCUGCCAACUUACGACGAGGUCCUGCUGUGCAACUCCUCCACAACUUACGAGCAGGUGGAGCUCUUCCUCAGACGUUGUCUCAGGCCAGGUUGCAAAGAGAAGAAGAUAUACUGCCUCCUGUACGGGGAGCUGCUUAUGUAUGAUGUUAGCUGUAAAGUUGUGAAUUUUUUUCAGCGCAUGAAAGUACAGAGUUCGACAGAUUACAGGCUUGUUAUUCUCUGUAGCUCAGAAAGAGAAGAAACCUAUCUUCCAUCAGCUUUCAGUCAGUACCGGUUGCAAAUUGUUCCUCAAACGUCACUGGCCGACAUCCAAAGGUUCCUCCACCAGCAUUAUGUUGUCCCACCAGAUCAAUACAGUGCAGCAGCUGUAUUCAAAGAUCGCCUCUGCGUUGGCACUGUCUCAUCUGAAAGGGCUGGUGUUGGUAAAUCACUUUAUAUCCAGAGGCUUUACAAAAAACUGAACCACUCAGUCGAGGAACGACCAAGGAUGCAAUGCAUUCGCUUGAUUGAAUCCAGUGUCGACGAGGAUGCCAUCCUUCAGACUCUUUUGAACGGCACAAAAGAGAAAAAAAUCACUGUGUUCCAUUUCGACAUUACUUCAUCGGUAAAGAAAGGCAUCCACGAAUUUCUAUUCAAGUUGUUGAUUCUACGUUACCUAAUGGACUCUGAGGGUAACACCUGGAAGUGCAAUGAUAAGGAUCUGUAUGUCAUGGAGUUUUUAGAAGAAACUGUCAAGCCAAGCAAAAAUGUUUCAGCGCAGACUAAUACCUCAAUCAGCUCAAUCACAGACGGGUUCCCAAAUAUUAUUUGCCGGGCACCGAAAGACGUGCUGAUGCUCACAAUGAAGAAAGAAGAUCCCAAUGACAACCCACUGAUGGAUGACAAAGUGUUCAAGAGUGCAGCCUUCCAGCGACCAUACCAGUAUCUCAAAAGAUUCCAUAACAACAUUAGUCUUGAUCGGUUCAGUUAUACGGACAAGGUUGCCGAAGGGUCGCAUGUGGAAUGUCUUCAGAUUCUUCUCAUUUACUGUGGCAUUCAGGACCCAUCCUGGGCGGAACUUAGAAACUUUACUAGGUUUCUAAACCUGCAGCUAAAAGACUGCGAGACAUCUGUUUUCUGUAAUUCUGAUUUAACGGGAGACAUCCUCAAUGGAUUUAAAACAUUUGUGGUGGGUUUUAUGAUUAUCAUGGCGAGGGACUUUGCAACACAAUCGCUAGGUAUCUCUGACCAGAGCCCCAGCAGUCUACAAACAGUCCAGGCUGUCCAAGGCAAGGACUUAGCUCCUUUUUUUAUCAGAAAGAGAUGGGAAACGGAACCACAUCCCUAUAUCUUCUUUAAUGAGGACCACUCUUCCAUGACCUUCAUUGGGUUUAAUAUUCGGCUCAAUUCACAGAAUGCAUUUGAUGCAGUUGAUUCGAGAUCUGGAAUGGUUAUUAAAACAAAUGUUAUGUCAAAGGCAUUGUUUAAUGGCCUGCAACGUCAGGGCGUUCCUUUUAACAUUGACUUCGAUAGCCUACCCAGAAGUGAGAAACUACAGCAACUGUGCAAUGUUCUUGGAAUCAAAAAGCCUCUUGACCCAGAUGAAACAUAUGAGCUUACGACUGACAACAUACUGAAGAUGCUGGCAAUUCACAUGCGUUUCAGGUGUGGCAUCCCUAUCAUCAUCAUGGGAGAGACGGGAUGCGGGAAGACAAGACUCAUCAAAUAUCUUUGUGAGUUGCGCAGGAGCGGCGUUGAUGCUGAAAACAUGAAACUGGUCAAAGUGCAUGGAGGAACAUCGUCAGAAAUGAUUUACAUCAAAGUAAGAGAAGCAGAAGCUAUUGCUUCCAUGAACAAACGAGACCACGGAUUCGACUCUAUUCUCUUCUUAGAUGAGGCGAACACCACAGAGGACAUAAGUAGUAUCAAAGAGGUCCUAUGUGACAAGACAGUGAAGGGGGAAAGUUUGUUAGCUGACACUGGACUGCAGAUCAUUGCAGCAUGUAACCCUUAUCGAAAGCACACCAAUAAGAUGAUCAAAAGGCUGGAAUCUGCCGGUCUUGGGUACAGAGUCCGGGCUGAGGAAACGGAUGAAAAACUAGGCUCAAUUCCUCUCCGUCAGCUUGUGUACAGAGUUCAAGCGUUGCCACCAAGCAUGAUCCCUUUGGUGUGGGACUUUGGCCAGUUAAAUGAUAAGACAGAGGAAAUAUACAUUGACCAGAUCGUAAAGAGACUUGUGGAAAACCAAAACAUUCCCCAGAACUACUUCAAAUGGAUUACUCAGGCUCUUUCUGCUUCACAGAAGUACAUGCGGGGAAGGACUGAUGAAUGUAGCUUUGUCAGCCUGAGAGAUGUCGAACGUUGUAUGCAAGCUUUUGUUUGGUUUUACGACAACCGCUCUCGUUUCUUGGCAGAUCUUGAGGAAUUUGAUAGUGUUCAAAACAGAAAAAAACAAUGCGCUCAAAACGGCCCAAAGGAGCGAGAUCCUGUAAUGUGGUCUCUAAUCAUGGCCUUAGGUGUGUGCUACCAUGCUUCCCUUGAACAAAAGGUUAAUUACAGACAGUGUGUCAGCCAAAGUCUACCACCAGAGUACAAUCCAACAAAAAUAAGGGAGGAAAUUACAGUUAUGCAGGAUUUACUCCUAAGUGGUGUACCAAUGGCCGAUACAAUUGCAAGAAAUGCCGCCCUCAAAGAGAACGUUUUUAUGAUGGUUCUUUGCAUUGAGCUGAGGAUCCCUCUCUUCUUAGUUGGAAAACCUGGUACUUCAAAAUCUCUGUCUAAAACCCUGGUGGCCGAUGCAAUGCAAGGCCAGGCCGCACACUCUGACCUCUACAAGCUGUUCAAGCAGAUUCAUUUGGUGUCCUUCCAGUGUAGCCCCCACUCUACACCAGAAGGCAUCAUUAAUAUAUUCAGGCAAUGCGGACGCUUUCAGGAAGGAAAAGAUCUUGAUGAGUACAUUUCAGUCGUUGUCCUUGAUGAGAUUGGGCUGGCUGAAGACUCCCCAAAGAUGCCACUUAAAACCCUUCACCCAUUGUUGGAAGACGGUUGCAUUGAUGAUGAGCCACUACAACAUAAAAAAGUUGGAUUCAUUGGCAUUUCCAACUGGGCGUUAGACCCCGCAAAGAUGAACAGAGGCAUAUUUGUUUCUCGAGGCGACCCUAAUAAAGAAGAACUGAUUAAAAGUGCAGAAGGUAUAUGCUCAUCUGAUGUGAUGGUUUUGGAGAAGGUGAGGGAAUUCUUCCCCUAUUUUGCAGUAGCCUACAUAAAAAUUGUCCAGAACCAAGGCAAAGGAUUUUUCGGCCUGCGUGACUAUUACAGCUUGAUUAAGAUGGUUUAUGCAGUGGCCAAAACAUUCCAACGAAAGCCCACCAAUGAGGAGGUCACAAAAGCCAUUUUGAGGAAUUUCAGCGGCAAAAAUGAUGUGGAUGCAAUGUCUAUUUUUAAUGAAGAUUUUCGCAUUGCAUUUGACCCGGAGAACAUCAGUGCCGUUGAGUUUGUGAGAGAAAACAUUCAGACAGUUGGACAGGAGGAAGAAUGUCGCUACUUGCUGGUACUAACCGGAAAUUAUGCCGCGCUCCAGAUUUUGCAGCAAACUUUUUUUUCAGAGGUUGGUCAGCCCGAAAUCAUCUUUGGAUCCAGCUUUCCAAAAGACCAGGAGUACACUCAAAUCUGCCGGAGCAUCAACAGAGUCAAGAUCUGCAUGGAGACAGGUCAAACUGUUGUGCUUCUGAACUUACAUAACCUCUAUGAAAGUCUCUAUGAUGCCCUCAACCAAUAUUACGUCUACUUGGGAGGACAGAAAUAUGUGGACCUUGGCCUCGGAACCCAUCGUGUCAAGUGUAGGGUGCACAACGACUUCCGACUUAUUGUCAUCGAGGAAAGUGGGGUGGUUUACAAACAGUUCCCAAUACCUCUCAUCAAUAGACUGGAGAAACACUACCUGGACUUCAAUACUGUCCUGACAACUGCGCAGAAGAGGAUGGUCGAGAAAUUGACGGAAUGGGUCAAGCGCUUUGUUUCAGUCAGCAAUCUUGUCAUGAUUCAGAGGUACAAGUACCGUCCUUCAGACGUCUUCAUUGGCUACCAUGCAGACGCUUGUGCUUCUGUGAUCCAUCGAGUGAUCGAGAAGAGUAAGGAUGGUAUUGAAAUCUCAGAUGCCGAGCAACGAGUUCUCCACAAAGCUAAACUUGUACUGCUCAAGUGUGCCACACCAGAUUCAGUGGUGCGGUUGGACUUCACAGACCUUCCCAGUGGGGAUAGUGAAGAUCUUGCAAAUGUCUAUUUUGAAGAUCAGAACAACAGCUGCCUGGCUGACUUCAUAGUUGCUCAUACAAGACAGGAAGUCCAUAGCGUUUCCUCCUUCACAGAGGUUACAACAUUCUCCAGACUUCUCACUGCACCAGACUUAGAGCCAUUGGAGCAAAUGUUGCAAAGUGUCGAGCUUCUCUCACUCCAGCAGUUUGACAUGGAACAGUUCUUCUUGAAGGAAAUUAGAAACUACCUCACUGCUGAAAAACAACUCAUCCGUGACGGACCCUACAACAAGGUCCUGAUCAUUCAGAGUGAAUUCAAAGAGGGCACUCAUAGUGCCCAUCUCAUUGCAUCAGCAAAGUAUUCAGCCAUAAAUGAAAUCACCAAGAUCACUCAAGAGGGCUUGGACUGCAGGGUGUUUGUCUACUUUAUCACCAGGCUUCCAAGGAUUCAAGGAGGGACUUGCUAUGUUGGAUUUCAUGGCGGCCCCUGGACUUCAGUGCAUAUAGAUGACCUCAGACAGCCAACGGACAUCGUUACAAGCAUUAGAACCUUGCGAAACACAGCAAUUUGCCAGCUGUUUGAAACAGAGAGAAGCCAACCUCAAGCUCUGGAGGCAGGUGAGGAGAGUGAUUCAUGUGGCGCGAACAAGGAGGAAGCAGAGACAAGAGAAGAUUACCAAGAUGACACGGCCCUAGACACGACAGCACUGGUGCGAAGCUGUGUGCAGAGUGCGGUCGGCAUGCUCAGGGACCAGCAAGGCUGCAGAAACCGCAGCACUCGAAGACUUGAGACGCUUCUGAAGCUUCUCAGUGACAGUGACCAGGUCGCAGAUGACUUCCUGCAAAUUGUGAAGAAGCGUCUUUACUUAACUCUAGCGAGUGAAAGCAACUUUUCAUCUUCCACAAAGGAUUGGGUCAUCAAGGUGGCUUCUAAUGUUGAUGCCUUACAAGAAGGGGGUACGUUUUGCCACUCUUUAUGGAAGCGCAUUCAAGCUGUGGUGACCCCUGUCUUGGCUCAAAUGGUUUCAGUCAUUGAUGCUGACCGAAACCUGGACAUCUUAAUUAGAGACGACAGUAGUGCCUCUGUGAAGAGGCUGUGGUUACACAUCUUCGCCGAUGAAAGGUUCCUGGAAAUUCCACAGCCAUCGCUUGACUUAGAGACCCGAACAAUUCUCCUACGAAACUACUUGGCCCAAGGCAGGGCCUUUACCUUCAGCAUGCCUUUCAGUGGGAGGAUCAAGGACUACUUAGAGGAGCUCUGGGUUCAUGUGCUUCAAAAUGAAGGUCAUACUCAACAGAGAUUCUUUGAAUACUUUUCCAAAACAUCACUGGGACAGUACAUCGCGAAAGACACCCCAGAGAUACAGUCUGAGUUCUUUCAGCUCUACCUACAGGAUUUUCUCUUCUUGACUAUGAAUGUCACCCGUCAGGAGGACGUGCAGCUCCUGGAUAUGGCUUUGAACAACUGCGUCAAUGAACUGCGCUCGCAGUUCGGUGCCAUGGAUGCAGUUGCGUCGCUUCCGUGGGUCCAUGCUGCCUAUCACGAGUCCAAGGACCGACUGCAGAACCUCUACAUAAUGGUCAGCCUUGAACCGCAGGUGACCGCCGACCUCUUAAGGAGUCAUCAGUUCAGCGAGGGAGAUGAGCUGGUGCUUGACGUGUAUGCUGCUCUUGCUUGCCUGGAGUAUCUUGAGCCCAGAUGCUGGGAGAUGGAUGCCCAAAGACAAGCCUGGGUCAGGCGGGUGAACAAACUCAAGUUUCCAAUUGAGCUGGUCUGCUCGGAGGACAGUGUGAGACACUACCAAGACAGGAGCAAGACGAUUGUCAACAGGGUCCGAGAUCGGUGGAAUCGGAUAUUUCCUUUGUCCUUAUUUGUGGAGCACUUUGAGACACAACAGAGGGAGAUAACACCUUUAAUUAUGAAGCACGUGCAACUACUCAACCAGGUUCUCGAGAACAAUUCUGACCUUAAAUGUCAGCAGCCAUUCGAAGCGAUGAUUCGCUUGCUAAAAACCUGCAAAGAUGAAGCUCUCCAAGGAAUCUUCAGGUUCAGUUCGGUCCCUUGGUGCUUGCUGUGUCAGGGAGACCCACAAGAUCCCAUCAGUCUGCCCUGCGAGCACAUUUUCUGUGCUUCGUGUAUUAAAAGGUGCUUGGUUCCCUGUCAGAUGCAUGUCUGUCCAGACUGUAAGCAGGCAGUUCCUGACGAUUUUAACCCAGUUCCCUCUGAGGACUUAAGGAUUCGAGUUGAACAGCACGCUUUGUUCAGGAAUCAGUGCAAUGCUUUCUUCAUCGACUUGGUGUCUAGUGUGUGCUUCAAGGACAACGCUCCUCCAUGCCCAGCUGUCAUUCACCACUUGCUUUCCUUUCUAUUGGUGGAAGCCAGCGCCGCUCCUAUUCUCAGGGCGGAUGGACAAAUCAGGACAAAGGUGCUCUCUCCGUUUGAUGACUCAGCGGAUAAAAACCCAGUGGUUAGAUCGGUUGUGCUCAAACUCUUGCUGAAGUACAGUUUCGACGAUGUGAAAGAUUACCUGCAGCAGCACCUGCUGGCUGUGGAGCACUGCCACAUUUUAGAGGAAAGGGACAAAACCAAACUCUACUGCCUCUACCUAAAGUGCCUCCAGGACUCCAUGUUUGAGAGUUUCCAGUUCAGGUCGGACACGGACAAGCAGGCGUGCAUGCGCCGCGAAACGGCCUUCCUAAUGGAGGUGCUGCGUUCGCUCAGUCCGUCGGCGGCGGAGGAAGCGGUGGUCACAGUGGAGCAUCUCCAGCAGGUGGCAAGAUUGCGUAUGAACCUGGAUUUAGCAGCGACCAUCAUUGCCCCUGAAAUGCCGCAAGGAGAAGGUCCGAGUCAAAGCGACGACUUCUUGGAGAGUGUGGUGAACUUGUGUAGCCGCAGUGGCAACAACUGGUAUCGCGUCUACUUGGUUCGUAAAAUAAUCAGCCAACGUGGAGUGGCGUUUGCCUUUGACCUUCUCAAAAUGGAUGACAAGCACUGGCUGUUUCCCGAGGAGGUUCUGAAAAAGAGUGGAGAACCCAUCACAGUUGACCAGUAUCUUGUGUAUGGGGAGAGCUACAAGAAAAUCAGAGAUGCAUUCGCUAAAGCAAUCGCAGAGGGCCGAAUGGACUGCCUUGAUGAGAUUUGUCAGGACUGCACAACUUCACCACAAAGGGCAACGGUUUACCUGCUUUUGGCACUGCACAGAGAAGUAACCACCCUCUUCAGAAACGGCAGUUUACUUUUGCAUCAAAAUACAGAGCAAUUCAAUGCCCUGCUGAAUUUCAUCAACACUUCCAAAGUGCUUGAUAACCCGAAGGUCAAGGCCUUUGCCUGUGGUCUGGUAACCAACCAACCCGGGCCUUUGGCGGUCACUCCCGAAACAUCCGGGGACUGUUGUGCAUCCGUGGCGUUGGCCGUUCACCUGGCUGCCGUCUUGCUUUGCGCAGACCAAAAGAUUGUAGCACCUCUGCAACAUCUAGCGAUGGAACCUGCAACCAUGCAGGCUACCUUCUUGCCUACCAUGCCACAAGAUAGGUUAGCAGAGGCUCAGCAAGCGCUGGGCAAUUCACAACUGACGUGGUACACAUGUCCAAAUGGUCACCCCUGCUUGGUUGGAGAGUGUGGCAGACCCACAGAAACAAAGCGUUGCCUUGACUGUAACGUCCCCAUCGGUGGGGAACGUCAUGUCCCUGUGCUGGGUUUUAAUCAACUUGGGAGGCAGACUGAUCGCACUCAGACAGGCCACAUCUUGGGCGACCCCAGUCGAAGGGACAAUGCAGACAUGCUGGACACCAAGCACCUUUCCCCUGUUCCCUUCACACUCAUCCGCAUGUUUACACACUUGGCCAUGCUGAUCGGCGCCUCCGACCACUCACAGAAUAUCUCUUCGAUCAUCAACUCUCCAGUCACUGAGCCAGGUCCAUUUCUACUGGCUCAUCUGAAAAAAGACAAGGAGCAUUUCGGUAGAUGUCUGGGCAAAGGGACAGAUGACACAGUCGGAGCUGUUCACCUGCUCAUCAGAGGCCUCCUUGAACCCCAGCACCCACGAAGCUCUGACUCAUGGGUGCUUUCCACCAAUAUGAGGAGAAAUGAAUGGGAGAUCCAAAUGAGCCUCUCCAUCACACCCAAACUGAAGCACUUGGACAACCAGCUGAAGGAAAUGAACGCAUCCAUCCAGAUAGACUCUCAAAACUCUGACAAUCCCAUCAUGUGGCUGCUGAGUGACAAUGCUGGCUUCUUAAUGGCUUCUCUUCGCGCCAAUUCCCACCUCCAUAAUUCUGCGGUGUGGAGCUGCAGGGAGCAAGUGUCUCUGCUGCACCUUACCCACAUGGUGGAGUUGAAUGAUGGCAAAGACACGCUCCCUGUACUGUGGAGAUUUCUAAACAAGGAAGCAGAGCUGCGACUGGUGAGGCACCUCCCUGCCAUUGUCAACCUCCAGAAAGGCCUGCUCAAGAAGUUUUUAAACGUCACCGAAGAUUCAUGCGGCACCAUCGCCGAGUUCCUCAGCAGCCUGACUGGUUCGUCGAGAACCUGGUAUGGGAAACACAUCAACACGUUCUUGAUGACCUGGAAUCAACUCAGAUCAUCUUUGGCAACCUACGAUGAAAUCAAAGUGCCGGCCGAGUUCUGCCAACGGGACCUCGAUAGCGACAGUCACCUAAAGGUUCUGUUACCGCGGCGGCACGGACCCGGUUUGUGCUCGACCGUCCUGGUCAGCUACCUCAUCGGCCUGCACAAUAACAUGGUCAAAUGUGUGGACGAUCACAUGGGAGAGAAAACCAGCCACAUAGUUAGUCCUGUAGAUUUGACUGACAUCCACGUGAUCCACUACGAGCUGCAGAGGGAUCUGAUGCCCCUGGUCCUCGCCAACACCCAGUACAGCAUCCAGAGGGGCCAGGAGACCCUUCACAAAUACGAUUUGCCCAGGAUCCAGAAGCAGAUUUACUCUCGCUUCAUCCUGGGAAAGCCAAUCAUCCACCUCAAUGGCAUCCCGACACUUGUGAACAGAGCCGACCGCAACUAUGACAUCAUCCUGAAGGACGUCAAUGAAAAAGUCAAACAAGAGCCUCUGGUGACCCAGACCAUGCUGGCGGUGGCCGUGGCGCUGCCCGACUACAGCGAAGCGUGUGAGGCCCUGUCCGCUUUGGAGGUGGCCCUGGGGUUCCUGGCCAUGGAUGGGGAAGACCCCCACAUGCGGCUGUCCAGCUACCUGAAGGACAUGCUGCAGAUGGGAAGCCAGAUAUCAGACUCUGUCCUCAAGGUUCUGAGUUUGUGCUGUUUGAAGCAUUGUGUGGUCCUGUGGAAGCUGCUGACCGCUCUGAAAUCAGAAAUUAUGAUGAUGCUUAAUAGGGAUCCUUUUGAAAAAGUCUGCGAGGAGUACAAGCAGCUCCUGGGUGAGAAAGAGCGCCAACUGCUGACGUCUUUCUGCUCCGGGCGCAACACGGACAUGUUCCUGCUGGAGCUGCACAAGUUGCUGGUGUUGGAGCUUAAGAAUCCCACGGCACCAGAUGACCUCAAGCCAGACUGGAGCCUGAUUUGGAAACUGGACCCUUCCAAGGAGGACAAGUACCCAGGCCUCACGGUUGACAUCCACCUUUCUCACUGUGUCGAAACCUGGAAGUUCAUCAACGGCAUCAGGCGAGAUCGUAUUCGCAGGCAAACUGUAUAACGGGGGAGCCUUUUGUGCCAUUAAAAAAAAAAAAAAAUCCUAUGUUGCCUUGUUGUAAUCAGAGGUAGCCUACAACCCUCAACAAAGUCCCCCCAAAAAUUUAAAAAGCAAAACAACACAGAUUUGAUGACGUAACACACAAUGGUGGUUUUAUUGGUGUGGAUUUUUUUGGGUUGAACUCAAAUUGUAACACUUUUCACUCUGGAGAGCAGCAUUUUUUAAUGUGUUCCUCCCACAUUAAAAAAAACCAUACUUGUUAGGUUCAUUGAAGACUCUAAAUUGUCCUUCGGUGGGAAUGUGUGCGUGAAUGGUUGUUUGUCUAUAUGUGCCUCGGCUGGCAAGGUUGUAACCUGCCUCUCAUCCAGAGUCAGCUCGGGUAGGUUCCAGCUCACCCGCACACCUCAGAUGGAGAAAUGUUGAAGGAUGACCCCGUUGGUUCCACUGUAGACUGCACAAUCACUAUUGCCUUGUGGGAACAUAAUCAAUAUUACACAAAUAAAAUGUAUUUUCAAUGUU